AUGGCGGUCGUUGUUGAUCCUUGUGAAAUACUCAACGUUUGUGCGAACGAAACUAACAACAAAACCUACGAGAAUUUGUUAAAGUAUAAAGAAUACUUCCAAGUGCAACCUGACAAGAAAAUUAAAUGGCUAGGAAAUUUUGACGAACUGAAAUGUUUGAUAUUUGAUUUGUUUGGUGCCGAUGGGAAAUGGAGUUCGCCGAGAGGCUCAGCAAAGGCAUUUCGAAACGAUAAAAUAACUAUUACAUAUUACACCAACAAGAAAUCUUUGUUAUUUCAAGGCCAAGAAGGUAACCGUUUGAAAGAGGUUAUAUUAAAUCAAUCAAGUAAGAGUUCUGACUUGUUUACGGACAGUAUAGUUAGUCAUGAAUCUAUCCUUUGUGCUUCAAACAAUGAUAACCUGUUAUAUGCAAGUCAAACCGUGGCCAAAACAGCUAAAAUAUCUAUGAUUAGCGACAAUACUAGAUCUAAAAGCGAGGUAACAGAAACAACAUCAGAUUGCUCAACCCUUGAAGAUCUACAAGACUUUAUCGACUUUUCAUAUCAAAAUAUAUUGCCGCUAAGUGAUAAUGCCAAUUUAUCUUCUACCCGAACCUUUGAUUGUUCUACCCCGUCUCGCCCGAGUGUUGAUGACAACUCGCCUGCUAUAGAGAAACUUUUUGGCACUUUCAAAAGGGAGUUUGAAUCUAAGGUCGAAGCCUUGAUUUUCGAACUUUCGGAGCAGAGGGAAACCAUUGACAGAUGUAAACAGGAUAUAUGUAAAUUGACCAGUGAAAAUUUAAAUCUAAAGUCACGCCUGGCGGAACUCGAACAAAAAGCGUUUCCUAAGAAUAAAUCUAAUAACGUUAUUAAAAACGCUGAAACCAAUGAUGUUAUUAGUAGCACCCUAUCAUAUUACCUGCCCUCAACUGUCUCAAACGAAGCCCCUAGCGCAACUAAUGGUUCUACUAUCAGCUCCCUAGUAAAUAACCACCAAGUAUGUGUCCCCAUGGAGGGCUCUAGUGAAACUGCCGUAUUUUGCAGUCCCUCUUUAAAUAAUCAACCGGCGGUUGUCUGCGACAAGGGAAACAAUCCAAAACGUAAGCCCUUACCAGCUAAAGAAUGCAUGCCUCCCAAAGCUAAUGAAAACAUUGAGCCAUCGAACCACCGAUUGACCAGGUCCAGUAAAGUUAUUCCCCCUACCCAUAAAGAAUCCCAACCUAUUCCAACUAGGAUUACGUACCGUGUCCCAUCAAACGCUAAAAUGAAAACCAUCCGAGGAAAUAGUAAAUACCGGAAGAACCAACAGGUACAUAAUGGCAACUAUACCAAUAAAUAUAAUAGAAGACCCGCUUCUAUGCAGACUGCGAGAAACCAAGCAAAUGAGAAACAUAUUUAUCCGUGCCCUUUUCAACAAGCCCCCCGGUUUCAUUAUCCAUGGACAAAACCUGGGAAUAUUAUGAAGGAGUGGCAAGCAUAUCUAAACUUUGUUCGCAUGACAGUGACAAAUCCACCCAAGUUACCCCGCCAUCCUUCAUUUCCUUUACAACGAAUAGAAACAUUGGUUUAGCGCAAAUCUGUGCAAAAACCAAUAACCAUGAAAAUGAUUAUACAAUACAACAACCGAUACCAACCAUUGCGCAACCGAGAAAAAAGAAAUAUCCUGUUACAUCACGUGUUCCCAAUUACAAGGCAUUAAUUCCAAUUAAUUUAACAUCCACAAGAAAAGUUCCUUCGAGAGAGUCGGGUUUUGCUGUUCCUAAGUUUAUGUUUAUCAACAUAUGUAGUCUGGCAAAAACAAAAAAUCGAGUACGAGCUGUAGUUGCACUGGAGGCAGACUUGGUCAAUAACGAUAUAGAUGUAUGUGUGGUGAGCGAGAGUCACCUGAAACCUGAAAUGCCAGAUGCUGUGGUGACCAUUCACAAUUAUUCAAUAUUUAGAAGAGAUAGAAGUUGGGAAGGACGCGAUAUGAGAGCAAAAGGAGGGGUAGCAAUAUAUGUUCGGAACAACUUAAAAGUUAUUGAUAUUUAUCGAUCCAGUUUGUACGAACUUAUUGGUGUCACACUUCUGUUACCUACAGGAAACCGCAUGUCGAUAUAUGGCCUUUAUCACCCACCUAGGCACAAUUAUCUGGAGAGCGACUUAUUGGAUUAUUUGAUAAAUAUUUCUGACGACGUUCUGGACAAAUAUCCAGACACUGUAAUUGUUUGUGGAGGGGAUUUGAACAGUUUGGACAUAAAACACCUUGAGGAACUAUCAGGAUGGGAUGCAAUGGUCGACUUUUCAACAAGGGGUAACGCAUGUUUGGAUAACUGCCUUACAAAUAGAAUAGAUUUGUUCUCAAAAUGUUAUCCUUUCCACAUGUUAACUAAAACAGACCACAUGGGGGUUAUUUUACCAGCAGGGACGAAACUAAAACCUAUGCGCUGAAAGGUUGAAUUUCGGGAUUGUAGAAAGCAUCGAAAGGAAGAUUUCCACAAAGCUUUAGCAGAAGAAGAUUGGGAGGAUGUAUCGCAGUCCACAAAUGUAAAUGACGCUGUGAAUUGUCUUGAACGUAAGAUCAUGGAUCAUAUGAAUAAAUGUAUGCCCACAAAAACAGUCUCAAUUUCGUCACGUGACCCUUACUGGAUGAGUCCUUUAAUUAAAUCUUUGAUAAAAUCUAAAUCCAGAAUUGCUCGGUCGCAAAAGGAUAGACUCAGUUUAAUUAACAAAAGGAUUUCUGAUGUCAUUUGUCAAAACAGAAGAAAUUUUAGGGCCUUGGUGGGAAGUAGAACUUGGUGGAGAAAGACGAAUGAUAUUUCUCAGCGAAAUGCAUCGUCAUCAAGAGUUACUUUAGAUAAUGCAUCACUUACAAGAUUAAAUCGCUACUUUGGCGAACUCUGCCACGAUGAUAGUUAUGUCGAACCGACGCUCUCAAUUAUUGGUGAUGAAGUAGAUAUUCCUAGCUUUACGGAACAGCAGGUAUGGAAUGCCUUGAAAAGAAUAAAGAGGACAGCAACAGGUCCCGAUUAUAUUCCCUAUUGGGUUUGGAAUGAUCAUGCGGAAAUUCUAACCGAAGUUAUAACUAACGUCUGGAAUUUGUCCCUUUCAUCACAUACUUGGCCAGAUUCAUGGAAAAGAGCGAAUAUUAACCCUCUUGCAAAGGUUGAUUUACCAAAGGAAGAUGGUGACUUUCGUGGAAUAAAUAUUACACCUGUAAUUGCGAGGACCUUCGAAAAGCUCGUUUAUAAUAGUCAGGUCAAGUCGACAGUUGAGGAAAUUUUAUCCCCAACGCAAUUUGCGUACAGGCAGGGGGGGAGUUGUACAAACGCUCUGUUAACUAUUCAGAACAAAGUACUCAGCUUCUUAGAUAGAGCGAACUGCAAAGCAGUUAGACUGUUUUCUAUGGAUUUUAGCAAGGCUUUCGACUCAGUGAAACAUUCACUCCUCUCGGAAAAGUUAAAAACUGUGCCACUCAACCCUUAUAUCAUAAAUUGGUAUUUAAAUUUUCUAAAGAAUAGAAAGCAAAGAGUCGUUUGUAACGAUUUUUGUGGAGAAUGGAUGGAUGUUAAUAAGGGUACAACACAGGGGAGCGUAAGUGGCCCCUACCUUUUUAAUAUUUUCCUAAAUGAUUUAGAGGUGGACAUAGACGGCGAGAACGCUCUUUUUAAAUAUGCGGACGAUUCAAAUAUAAUAGUGCCAGUUUGGAGUGAGGGUCCUGAUACAUCAACAGAUACAGUUGGACAAUUCCUGAGCUGGUCUGAUGAUAAUUUUAUGACUUGUAACCCUGGUAAAUGUAAAGAGCUUAUCAUCCGGAAGAAGGGAUAUAAUGAUCAACUUGACAAUGUUUAUAAUAUACCCCAAUGCAAAGAACUUCCCAUUUUAGGUACUACUUUUCAAGACAAUCUCAAGUUCACCAGUCAUGUGCGAGGUAAAUUGGUCAAAGCAAACAAAUGCUUGUACGUUAUACGAACACUCAGGGCAGAAGGCUAUAGCCAAUGUGAGAUAGAUUAUCUAUUUAAGACCCUAGUAAUAUCUACUAUAACGUUUGGCCUGUCCGUCUACGGUUCUUCUCCAGCCGAACUCAAUACUCUACAACGGUUUUUUGACAGAUGUUUUAAGCGAAAGUAUAUAUCAGAACCUGUAAAUAUUAGAUAUCUUUUAGAAAUACAAGACAGAAAUAUUUUUAAGGCUUCUGUAAAUCAGAAGAGUGCCAUAGUCGACUUGAUACCAAGAAAAAAAUCCACAAGCUACUCUUUGAGGACAGAGUUUAGUCAGUAUCCAAGAGUGAACACGGAACGUUUUAAAUUGUCGUUUGCAAAUAGAUUAAUUUUUAACUAUAACCUAUUCAUAUGAUGUAAACUUUACUAAUGUAUUCUUAAUAUGUACUUGUAACAUAAGAUAUGUAUUUUUAUCUUUUGAUCUAUUAAAAAGACUUUUGAAUUGAAUUGAAUAUAUUUUUUUCUCAUCCUGAUCUAUCUAACUUGCCCAACAUUGUCAAUAUACAGGGUGUAUAAAAAAAAACUGAACAGAUUUGAAAUUGCUCUCAAUUUCGCAAAACACCUAUUUGUAUCUGUUUUUUAUAUAUAUAGCUUCUUUGGGUACUUACAAUGUAAAAUAAUGAAAAAAAUUUCUCAAACUCAAAUUUUGUGAACCAGGGGGGUGUGUCUUUUCCAACAAACUAAAAAUGGCUCGCGCACAAAAUUUAAAAGCUGUAAUCAUAUUUUGAGUUAACAGAUUAAAAAUUUGUCGGGUUUUUAAUUACUGUACAAAAUUUCAGACAAUUUGGUUUAGUUUAAUCCUUUAACUAUUCAUUUUGUUCUAAAAAGUCAGCCUUUCACAUGCUUAAUUAAUGCCUUUACCUAAUUUGCAUAUUGCUGACAUAUGCAAAUUAGGCAAAUGCAUUAAUUAAGCAUGCAAAUAGCUGAUUUUUCGGGAAAAUUGUAACUUUGCGUGAAUAGUUAAGGGGCUUAAACUAAACCAAAUUGUCUGAAAUUUUGUACAGUAAUUAAAAUCCCGACAAAUUUUCCAUCUGUUAACUAAAAAUAUGAUUGCAGCUUUUAAAUUUUGUGCGCGAGCCAUUUUUAGUUUGUUGGAAAAGACACCCCCCCCUGGUUCACAAAAUUUGAGUUCGAGAAAUUUUUUUCAUUAUUUUACAUUAUAAGUACCCAAAGAAGCUAUAUAUAUAAAAAAACAGAUACAAAUAGCUGUUUUGCGAAAUUGAGAGCAAUUUUAAAUCUGUUCAGUUUUUUUUGAUACACCCUGUAUUUGCAUUACGCGCGGGAAAAAUAUUAACCAUUUGUGAGCCGAAAGUGGUUAUUUUUACCGAGCGUAAUACGACUAUAUACAAAAUUUGCGAACUUCACAAGGUUAUAUUUUCUUCAUUUUACAACAUUUAGCAACCAAUCUUUGCAGUUUUACUCAUUCUAAGACGCUCUUUCUAGCUGUGAUGUUGGAUUUUGUUCUUCUUGCCUUGAUCAAAAUUUAGUCUUGGCUGGAAUCACCCAUUCCCCUUUAGAACGAGCGGCUGCGUCAAAACGAACACCAGAAAUGAAAAGAGCACCUCGGUAUUAGUAAAAUGAAGACAUGGUACUCGAUUAAAUUAAAGAAUGAAAAUCUUCGUAGGAUUUGUUGGUAUAUAAAUCUGUUUUAUGUCUGGUAUUAGACAGAGUAAAAUAAUAAAAUGGGGGGCAUUGGAAGCAAUGCAACUUAAUGGGUUAGUAUACAAUAAAUGAAAAAGAAAAAACCCUCCUAAUAUUUUGUGAAAAAUGUUGCAUUUCAGAUUGUUACUACGAAUACUUACUGAUGAUUCAAGAUCACUUUGUCAGGUACUAACAGAAUCACAUUUAUCACAUUUGUGUUUAAUGAAUAAUAUAUAUUUUAAUUGCAACUUUGUCAACCUUUAGCUUGGCAUCAAGUACGGAGCCGCCCUCGAUCAGUGUCAACAUCUUCUCAAAGUUGCCAAACAGCUUGACCUGAAUGUCGUUGGAGUGAGGUAAGCUUGAUAAAUACUAUAAACUUGAGUAAAAGCCGACCUGGAAAAGAGUGGGAUUUCUGGAUAACUCCAUGACUAUUAGUUGCAGUAUGUCUUAACCUAAGAAUGUUUUAUAAAAAUGACAAUGAAGACAAACUUGCCCUCACUGAGUUUUCCAUACGUGGAAACGUUGAGGAAUUCUUUUUCAGAGUCAUUCUGUUUAAAACUAUAAACUAUAUAUUAACAUACACAUUGUAAUAUUUGCUCAUGCAUAAAAAGACCGUUAUUGAUGUGUUUAGUUUCCACGUUGGCAGUGGUUGCUUCGAUGCAACAGCUUUCAAGACUGCUGUGGAAUCUGCCAGGCUCGUCUUUGAUUGGGCGGUAAGUAUACCACAUAAUUUUUAGUUUAAUGAACUUAAUAUUUCAUUAUUAACAUUCCAGAGCUCAAUAAAUUAUGGAAAAAAUGCAUACACGAAUGGAUUUUCAUUUCCCAACUUUCAUUUGUCAUUAAAACUUUGGGGCUCAGAUAUGCUAUGGCAAACAACUGUUUUGCUUGUCAUCCAAAUACUAAAUAUUCUUGUGUAAAUUGCACGGUGACCGUAUUUUAUACAAAAUUUCAUAUAGCCUGCGAACAGGCUCUCAAGCUGAAUUGAGAGCCUGCAUCGAUGACUAAUGAAUUUGAAUAUCUGCCCCGUAACGUUCGUUUUUCCAAAUAUGGAAUGUCUAUCCUUAUAUGGUGUUGUUUACAACUUUCGUGCAAACUAAAUUUAGCCCGUGCAAACUAAAUUUAGACCGUACAGUUUAUACUGUUUUUCGAAAUAUAAGAUAUUCAAGCAAAAGUUCAAAUGUUUUAAAUACUGUUUUCUCAAAACAGAACAUUUCGUGCUUUGAGAAAGAUGGCCAAGACCAAUUUGAUCAGUUAAUGUGUUUUUUAUGCAUAGUGCUUCAGCAGUUGACAUAUAUAGAGCUCAGCGGAAACAUAUAAAUUAUAGCAUCUGACCUAUUAACCGUGAUCUGACCAAUGAGAAUUUCGCGUCACGAUUUGAGACGCAGAUAUUCAAAUUCAUUAGUCAUCGAUGCAGGCUCUCAAUUCAGUUUGAGAGCCUGUUCGCAGGCUAAAUUUCAUAAUAUGUACUGUACACGAAUUUUUCUCUUUAACGUCUAUAAUUUUUCUUUUCGUUAUUCUCGUUUAACGAAGUGAGCAUUUUCUUCAGAAUAAUUAUGAAGUGUAAGGAAAACAGAAGAUGACUGGCAAAGAUUCCGUUGUGACCGGUAAAUUUCAUAAUCCACCGGUUAUGAUGGCGCCGGUUGUAUAAAAAAAGUGCUUAAAGCGCGUAUUUGAGAGUUAAUCCCUAUUUAACUACAAAAUAGUGAUUUAAAAAGUGAUUUAUUAAGAGUUUAAUAAUAUACAUAAAGAUAUUACUCGACUGUGAUUGGUUGAUUUCAGUGCAGUUAAUCCCAAACAGCAGUGCAAUUUUCUGUAAUCACAGUGCAAUUUUUUGUAAUCACAGUGCAAUUUUUUGUAAUCACAGUGCAAUUUUCUGUAAUCACAGUGCAAAAAUCUGUAACAAACUGAUCUGAUUGGUGGAAAAACAUUGUGAUGAUUAAAUCAACCAAUCAGUUUAAAGAAAUUUAUAAUUUAAAGAAGUAACGGUCACAGAUUGCUUCCAAACAAAACAAACAUGGCGCCGCGCUACACAAAGUAAAAGUUGCCUUCGCGUGGAAAAUAUAGCUUUAUCUUUAUUUUUAAAUGGAAAAGCAAUUACCUUAAACAAGACUAACAAAAAUUACAUAGUUAGAUGGAAUUUUCAAGCUGUUAGCGUUGCAUAAUGUGAUAUAACAAAGCCAGGAAAAACUUUACCAGUGGAAUGUUCGCUAUAAACGCGUAAGUUAAAACUACAAUUGUCUCGAACAUUUUUAUGUAAAUUAUUAAUAAGUAAUAGCAUGGUUUCUCGUGAAAUUUGGAUAAACAUGCACUCGUGAGUUUUUCAAAGACCUCAAAUAGCACUCGUCCUUCGGACUCGUGCUAUUUCGAGGUCUUUGAAAAACUCACUCGUGCAUGUUAUAUCCAAAUUGCACUCGAAACCAUGCUAUUACCUAUACUUAUACAACCGGCCCCACACUCUCCAGAUUUAUUUCGAAGCCUGCGAAACAGGGUUGUUUUUAGUUUGACCAGGAAAGUUUUAAUCAGGGUGCAUAUAAUUUCUUAGAUGGAUAUUGGGUUUGCUUUUUCACUCUUGGAUGUCGGAGGAGGCUUUCCUGGUUCAGCCAGCAAAGAUAUCUGUUUCGAAGAGGUCAGUAAAGGGUCAUUUCACCGUUACGGACAUUACAUCUACACACCAUUUUGCUACAUUUUCUUUCUACUCCUCAUAAAGUAGUUAUAACAUUUUCGAGUUUUAUUAGCCUCGUGGUACCUAAGGCUAACCCUUUGUGAUGCAAAGCGAAAUACACUGGUAUAGAUCUUUAUAAAUGGUGUUAGUCAAUUGGUUUGAAGAGUUGUUAUGGACAUUACAGCUAAAACAACCAUUCGUUAAAUCUUAAUUUCUGUGAAUCUCAAAUGGUCGAAAAACAAUCACUACUUUAUUAAAACGGACAACAAGUCAUAGUAUAGUAAUACAAUAUUACAUUUGUAUAUUACAGUCAGUCUAUUUCACUCGUACAAUUUUUAUUUGUGAAAAUGUGUGUUGCAGACAUUACACAAAAUGUUACGGACAUUACAGUGCGCGUUGUACCUAAUCGGACAAAAAUGUCUUGUCAUUGCACGAAUUAUGAAUUUUGCUAGUGUUCCUGAAACUACGACUAAUAGGUGUUGCUAUAUCACUGAUGGAACAGGAAACCAAACUGUGGCUCCUUAAAGAACUACCCAGAACGUUUCAUGUUCGAAUUUAGUGUUUGCAACCAAAUUUUAUUUUAUGUAGACUGAGUUAUAGAAUCCCAAGAGGGAGGGUAUGGCCUAAAUAUAACCAACAAAGAUAAAUUUUGUUCAUUUCAACUCAUAAUCUUUCAUGAAUGAUAUAAGUUGUUGCACACAUAUAUUUUAUUGUUUUAAAAAAAAAUGUGAUUUUCUUACUUCUCAUAUGGAAUAGCCCAAAGACAAAUUUAAAUGAUUGAUGACGCGGUGUGAAGCUUAACCUUAAAAAUUUCUUUUGGUGUAGGUUUGUUCUGUAUUGAACAAUACAAUAGAUGAUUGUUUUCCAUCGAGUUCUGGUGUUCGAAUCAUUGCGGAACCUGGGCGUUUUUAUGUCAGCACGGCAUUCACUUUAGUCGCCAACGUGACAUCUAGACGAGAAACAAAGUUGGAGCUUAGUGAUAAUAAAGGUCAGUGUAUCCACCAGGGGUGGAAAAAUGUUUUUACUUUCUUGGACCGCAAGAGAUUCAUUGAAAAAGUCGACACUUGGACACUGUAACUGUUGACAAGUUUUCAAACUGAAUGUCAUGCUAUAUUCUAAUAGAAAAAAAUUAAUUCUUAAUGCACUGAGAAUCUUAAUAAUACUUUUCAGGAAUAUAAGAUAAAACUAAUUUAGAUAACAUGCAGCAGGAGUCAGAUCCUAAGGUAAAUUUACAGAUGCCAAAAAGAGUACCACUAGGGGGCACUACUAGAGGGUUCUGUGGGCAUGCUCCCCUUAUUGGUUAAAAAUGCAUUUGCCAUACAAUAGUGCAUACAUUUAUACACUAAUGCAAUAUUAAGAUGGAUGCACUUAUAUAAUUGCAUUUCUAAGGUCAUAACUGAAUUUCUCCUUUUAUGUAAAUUUUUACAAUUAUCUUUUUUCUUUCCUGUGGAAAUAUUUUCUGGGAAUUCAAAACAUUUUCUGGGACCAAUGUCUCAUGGUCCGAUACUUUUUCUACCCUUGGUAUUCAAAUUUUAAAUGUUGUUGUCUUUGUUGAUACAGUAGUUAGGCCACAUUACAGUAGUUAGGCCACAUUUUGGUGCAAAUGGUGGUGGUGGGGAUUUCAGUGGAGAUGCAUUUCCCACUCACCCUGGGAUGUUAGGGUUCACGACGUUCCCUCUGAAGUUAACGUCAUGCUUGUAGACAUGUAAUAUAUAGAAUGUAUUUUUCUAUUACAACCUAUCAAUGUAUUAAUGACUGUAUGACUACACAGUUUACACUAAAAGACUAAUUGACACAGAGAUGGAUCGGGCUUUUUUCAGGCUUUGUUUGAGGCCGUUAAACGGACCCAAAAACUCAAUCUUGAAUUGAGUUUUGAAACUCAAUCAUGUCUUCGAAAGUUUAAAUGCAGUAAAAUUUGCUGUCAUACCAGGGAAUGUUAAUAGAAAUAUACAUGUAACAGAAAAGCCUUAAAAUGCCAUAGGGACUAUUCUCAAUAGAGCGAUAGGAUCAUGUGGUUUUCGGGUUAAAAUGCGCGGUACUGUUUUGCUGCUUUUCUGGCGGAGGGAGCGCGUCGAUGAUCCUUUAAUCGACUGCUGAGCCAACGUUGAUUUCAGGAAGAGUACCAGUCGGUACUUUAGGUCCUUUUCAGAGUCUUAAAAAGCGUUGAUGGUUGCGCAGAGCGUAGAAUGGGAAUUUGUUCAAAUGAGCAUAACACAAUGAUGACGAGGAAGCGUAAAGUCUGCAGUUGACAAACGGUCCAACUCUGAAUAAAACCCAAACAAAUAUUAAUGUUUUAUUUGGAAAUGUUUUAAUAUAGGUAAUCAUUUGCAACACAAGACUACAAAAGUAAGUAAUUCGAACCCUUAAUCCUAAACCUUAAUCCAUAAUCUUCUUUGAUCCUAACUCGUGAUCCUAACCCUAGCAUUUAUUCAUAUAGGGUUUUAUGUACUACAUCAACGAAGGGGUGUACGGCUCAUUUAAUUGCCUAAUCUUUGAUCAUUCUACCGUGGAAGCCAUACCAUUACGUGACUACCAUAGCAACGACGAAAAAUUCCCAUCAAGCAUUUGGGGCCCGAGUUGUGACUCAAUGGAUUGUGUAGCUAAGAAUAUAAUGCUACCUGAAUGCAAUAUUGGGGACUGGCUGUACUUUAAAGAAAUGGGAGCUUAUACACUGUCUGCUGCUUCAGGGUUCAAUGGUUUUCUGCCGCCAAGUUGUUUUUAUUUUAUAUCCCUCCGUGCAAAAGAUGAAUUGAAAAAGUAUCUGCCUAUUGUUUCUACAGUCAGUGUUAAAAUAUUGAUAAACGUCGAGGAACGUUCCCCCGUUUCAAUGGCCAUAAAUACUAACAGUGCUUUAAAUUAUAUAGACAUAAGAUGUUGACACACAUUCCUCGUAUAUAUAUGUUGAGAUCUUUUAAACAUUUUCAUAUUAGCGACAUUUAUACGAACGAAAAUAAGCCGAGGCUUAAAUAAGUCGCGAACGACUCGUAUAUAUAAAUAGUCAAAUUUGCAAUAAGCCUGCCGCAUACGAGAUAAACAUGCUGAGCUAACCGCCUCGCGUGGCAGCUAGCUCAGCAAGUUCCUCUCGUGUGCGGAUAGUUUUCGUAAGGAUUUUACCCCUCUCGAGGCCUAGAGGAAUUUAUCUAUCAUGUUUGAUCUUUUUCACCUCGCGAGGAAAAAACUCAACGUCGGCGGAUAUUGUGAGUUUUAAUAAUGCUGAGCUGCUUGAAUCAAUUAGCCAAUGAGAAACCAUAGUUUCUUCAUGUGACUUGGAACAAAAUGGAGGAAAAUGCAAACGAUUUUAUCAGUUGUGUUGUUGUUGAGUAGUUUUCUCAACGUGUGCGGUGAAAAUGCAUAGCUGAGCUAGCCGCCAGGCGAGGCGGUUAGCUCAGCAACUUUCUCUUGUGUGCGGCAGGCUUAAGUCGUUCACGACUUUAUUUAAAGAUGAUGUCCACUCCGUUCUGCGCAUCAGUUCUGCUCAUAACAAAGGGGGACCCCCUGAUAUAAACAUUGCCCAAAUUUUGCAUCUUUCGAACUUUUUUGAAUUGAAACGUAUAGUUUAUAUUCAUUUACAAGUUUUGCGAACCAGAAAAGUGUUAGAUAUUGAAUAGUAUGUAUGUAUGUAUGUAUAUGUAUGUAGUAUAUCAUAUUUUACAAAUAUACCAGUUCAAAACGUAAACAAAGUUUGCGCAUGUGCACAGGAGUGGACAUCAUCUUUAAGCCGCGGCUGAUUUUCUCUCGUAUAAAGGGCUGUUCACACGAAGCCUGGCUGGCCCGGUGAACCGGGAUGAUUCUUGUAAUAGACUGAUUUAGAAAUCACGACGUAAACUGAAAGCGUCGCCUUAGAAAACAAACAAACUCUGUAUGGAGAACAAAAGGUUUUAAUAAUAAACAAUUGUUUAUGGUCAGGAAAAUAAUUUCGUGACACGAUCUAUCCCGGUCAGCCGGGCUGGCUCGGCUCAUAUGAACAGCCCCUAAAUGGCCCCAUUGUGUAUAACAAAUUGUGUUUUCGCUUCGCGUUGCUUCGUUAAGAUAUAGAUAUAUAUAUAUUAUAUAAGACACGUAUAUAAUGCGCAUAUAUUAUUAUUAAGCUAUUUAUAUAAUCAAGAAAGUUGAUCGUUUUAAC